AUGACCAACUUCGAGAUCCCAGAGCAGCAAUGGGCCCAGGUAGUCGAGAAGAAGGGCGGUCCCGUCGUCUUCAAGCAGAUCCCCGUCCAGAAGCCCGGCCCCGAUGAGGUCCUCAUCAACGUCAAGUACUCUGGUGUCUGCCAUACCGAUCUCCAUGCCAUGAAGGGUGAUUGGCCCCUCGAUACCAAGCUUCCCCUCGUCGGUGGCCACGAAGGUGCCGGUAUCGUCGUAGCCAAGGGUGAGCUUGUCACCGAGGUUGAGGUCGGCGACCGCGCCGGUAUCAAGUGGCUCAACGGCUCCUGCCUGGCCUGCUCCUUCUGCAUGCAGGCCGACGAGCCCCUGUGCCCCCACGCCCUCCUAUCCGGCUACACCGUCGACGGUUCCUUCCAGCAGUACGCCAUCGCCAAGGCCGCCCAUGUCGCCAAGAUCCCCAAGGAGUGCGACCUCGAGGCCAUCGCGCCCGUGCUCUGCGCCGGUAUCACCGUCUACAAGGGUCUCAAGGAGUCCGGUGCUCGGCCCGGUCAGUGGGUUGCCAUCGUCGGCGCCGGCGGCGGUCUCGGCAGCAUGGCUAUUCAGUACGCCAACGCCAUGGGCCUGCACGCCAUCGCCAUCGACGGCGGCGAGGAGAAGGGCAAGAACUGCCGCGAGCUUGGCGCCAAGGCUUACGUCGACUUCACCACCUCCAAGGACCUUGUCGCGGACGUCAAGGCCGCCACCCCUGAGGGCAUGGGUCCCCACGCCGUCAUUUUGUUGGCUGUCUCCGAGAGGCCGUUCCACCAGGCCGUCGAGUACGUCCGGCCCCGUGGAACCAUCAUCUGCAUCGGUCUCCCCGCUGGCGCGUACUUCAAGGCCCCUGUCUUUGAUACCGUCAUCCGCAUGAUCACCAUCAAGGGCUCGUAUGUCGGUAACAGACAGGAUACCCAGGAGGCCAUCGACUUCUUUGCCCGCGGCCUUGUCAAGGUUCCCAUCAAGACUGUCGGCCUUAGCAAGUUGCAGGAGGUCUACGACUUGAUGGAGGAGGGCAAGAUUGUCGGCAGAUAUGUUGUCGACACCAGCAAAUAG